AUGUACUGUUAUUGCGCUUGGUUGUUACAAAUACACGGAGUUAAAUUAAAAUUAAAUAGAAAAUAUAACAUCUCUCUUACCAAAUUUUUAUUAGUUCCAAAGUUUAACCAAGCUUUAUCUUUCUAUUUUCAGCCCGUCGGAAAUCCUUGUGGUCAUCACGGACCGUAUACGUUCUACAAAGGUGUAAAAAUUUCAUUCAUAGCGUCGGAAUCCUGUAUAUCGACUGCGACCGGAACUGUCCAACCUGCAGGGCAUGGGUCGGAUUCCGGCCAAUCAGCAACACAAGCAACACCUGCCACUCCAACCUCAAACGUCAGCCCUGCGCCUAAUGCUUCUUCGACUCCCGGAACGCCCAAGUCUACUAUAGGCGGUGGUGCUGGGAAUGAGGAUAGUAGUAGUUCCGCCGAUGGUAGCUUCAAAGCGAAACAGACGCCGCAACGGAAAUGUGCUAGCGAAAAUAGCAGCGGAAGCAGUUCCAAGGCCGCUCUCGGGACUAAAGGCUGCAAACCCCUGGUGCUGGCUCUGGGAGACUGUUUCCCGGUUCGGCCCUGGUCCGACUCACCGAUAACGUGCCUCGCCGAGUUGCGGAUGGCGUGGAAAGACCGCAACGAGCAAUGCCUGCUGAUCGCUUUGAGGCUGUACUUUCUGCCGGAAAACACUCCCUUGGGGCGGAACUGUCACGGAGAGGACGAGGUGCUGGCAAUAACCGAGAAGGUGAUUCUGCGGGCGGACGAUCUCCUGACCUGGCUCAGCGGGGACCUCGAAUGGAACUGGGGUCUUCGGACGGCCUACAACGAGCACAGUGCCAAAGAUGCCAUGACCGCGACCUUGUUCCUCAACAAACACCUGGCGCUGGAUUUCGCCGACGUAGACAAGGAGAAACACACAGUCGAACACAAUGCAUCAAGAGUGGCGAUUGUGAGUUUUUCACGAUACUGUCGCUAUCGAGCGGUACUGAAACGACUGGAAGGGGUCGCCGACGAUUGGUUGCGGAACACGUUGAUUGAAACGCUCAGCGGAUUCGUGGCCACCACCCCGGGGAUGCGCGUUAUGUUCUGCAAAGACACCUUUGACUAUCCGGAACUGGAAACCCACGAGCUGCUGUGCAAUCAUUUAGCGCCUAAAAUGAAGGGAAGACCGCGUGGCAAGCGGAAGAAAACCAUUUCCGACUCUUCUGCGCCACAGGUUAUCAAAAAGGAGGAAGGGGCCUCGGAAGAGAGCGACUCGAACGAUUCCGAGAUUUCAGACUAUUCAUAUAGUAAGGUUUCUCCUUCCAAGAAGGUUGAUUUACAUGCCACACCACGAUUCAACCCAAGGCCAUCGAGGGGAGCUCCGGUUAAGGUCGAAGAUCCGAUUGCUGUUCCAACUGUGCCCACACUGACUUUAUCGGUGAUAGGGAAACAGCAGCGUAGUGGCAAGAGCAAAUCCGGUCGACCUAAAGGACGCAAACCCGGACGUAAACCGAAAGCCUACAAGGUGGUCAAGAAGCCAGGAGAAAGUGAACACGACGACGAGGCGGCUGAAGAACCUAACAAUGCUGAAGCGGAUAAUCGGGACGAAGAGGAGGACAAAAGUGACAGGGAAGAGGAUGACUUGUUCCGUGUCAAUGAUCGGAUGGCACCCGAUCAGAAAGACUUUUUACAGCGAUUGCAUCAGUUCUUGGAUGCAAAAGCUUUGGCGUAUGCUAAUGGUCAAUCAACAGUUUUGAAAAAUGUGAAUCUUUACCUCAUCUAUACACGCGUGCUGAAUUUGGGCGGCUACAGUGAGAUUAGGAAUAAGGAAGUUUGGCAGCGGAUUCUAGAAGGUACGGGUGGAGAAAAUGGCAUAAUGAGUAGACGGAAAUAUGAACGCAUUCUGCUCCCUUACGAGAGACAUCAACAGGAGAUUGCUGAAGCCGUGAAGAAGGAAAUCGAUGAACAGGAGCAAACUGUUUCGCAUGAAAGUCAGAUCUCACCAACGCCUUACGAUAGCAAGGAGGGCAUUUUGGAGCUGAAAGUUGAAAAGAAGGAAGUGACUGAGGAAGACCCCGUCAUCAAGAGUGAACCUAAGGAAGAUAAGGAAAACAAAGAGUCAGUACCUCAACCGAUGGAGGAAGUUCCAGUGAAAAAGGAACUGGAUGGAGGUGAAGAAUCAAAUGAAGUACAAAGUAAAGUAAGAGCAAAAGCCCUGUCUCCGUUAUUGGAGAAUAACAAUAGCAACAGUAGUAAUGUUACUGGGAGUCCGAACGGGGUUCAUCUGGGAAUGUCACCCGUUUCGGUUCCGCUGACAGUGAUUGUCCGACCGAAUAUUGACGAAAAGGAUCAACAGUCGUCUCAAAUACAAAUCAAUCAACCCCACACUACUAUCACGGUCCAUCAGACUACAAUCCACCCGCAAGGCAACCAGCAACCAAAUAGUCAGCAAAUUAGUGGACAAAGUCCGCAGCACAUCACGAAUCAAAUUCAAAUCACAAACCAGAUCCAAAUACAACAGAUAACAGUGCAAUCGAGCGACAAGACUCCUGGAAGUGGUCCUAACGAGAGUCCAAAGUUCAAAUAUAGCUUCAAGCAGGAUAAGUCUGGUCAAGAAAUUAACAUUGAAUCUCCGUCUGGUGAAAACUCUAAAGGUUCUAACUUCGAAAAUAAUAUCAGCGCAACCCUUUUCCCGCUGAAUCGCCCAGAUCCGGAUUUGACCAUUAAAGAAGUGUCUGUGUGUCCAACUAGUGGUACGGUGUCGAUAAGCACUGCAAGCAGUAAUCCACCAGUCACACCAUCAAAAACAACAUCCUUACGUCAUGUGCGAGUGAAACCGGACAGAAAGUCAGUAGCUCCGGUACCAAAUGUCGUACCACAAACUGUCCCAGGGAAACCUUUGGACAAGGAACAUAUAUCACUGCUCAGCAGUAAUGCUGCCAACAUAUUUGGCGGGCCAAAUUUAACUACAAUUACUCCCAUUGCAAACAGUUUGCUUGGAAGUGCCGUCGGAGCUGCUGCAAUGACUGGUCUUGCUACCGGCUUUACUAUGAAUCCUGCUGGUACAGGAAUCUCAGGUGACACUGGAAAUCUGAAAAAUAAUAUGUCAGCUCCAACAGAAGUCAUAGAUUUAUUAGAUAGUGAUAAUGAAAGUGAUUCUCCGCCUCCAACUGCUAGUAUUCCUGAUGUUGGUAAGAACCCUAUCAAACAGUCUGGUCUAUCAGUACGUCCAAUUCCAUCGCUUCUGCCACCCAUGAAAAAACGCAAAUUGGAUAUUUUGCGCGAAGGAGGUUUAGAAGUAACUCCCAUUUCUAAUGGAUCCAGCAUUUUUUCGACUAUUUCGCAAAACAGUUCCAAACAAAGCCCCAACCCGAUGCUCAUCAACAUCACUGCCGAAGUAAGCCCUCAACGAGGACGUUCCAUUAUAGAUGAAGCAAAAUCUCGAGACAGAAAAUGUAUACCUAUACCGAUUGAUUGUCAAACUCAAGGAAUGUAUGCCAAGACAGGACAGAUUUUUGGUAACCCUAAAGACAUACCCUCUAUUCCUACCAUUCCGACAAGACCCACUCCAACUCCCGGGGUUAUAGAUCUGCUGGAUCUCACAGGAAGCACUCGUCCCAAUUCAGCUGGACUAGACUUUUCAGCUUCAAUUCAACGACAGCGAACAACUGCUAUUUCAAAUGCUGGUGGGCGAGCAACCUCACGCACAACUCCUAGUUUACAAAUAACACUUGUGCAGGCACCGAAUCAAGCGUCUACGUCGGCACAAGCACUACAAAAUACAACGAGUAGCCAACAAUCAACUUCUUCCAAUGCGAGGAAAAAGCCGUAUGACAUUGUGCCAUCAUCAGGUGCUGCAAAUACGUCACCAUCCGUUCACCCGAAAGCAGUCAGUCCGAAAAUCUCUUUGGGACCUUCUUCUUCUAGUUCUUCAGCAUCCAGUUCCAAUGGCGGUCCCUCAAAUCCAAAUUCACUUCUUGAGACAGGACUUUUGCUCGCUAACCUACAAAAAGUCAAUCCAUUGCUUGUAGCUAAUAUACUGUCCUCCUCGGGUUUAUCAAAAACUUCAAUCCCUGGCCUAACUCAGCUAUUGGGUACACUAACUGAGCAACCUUCACCACCUUCGAAGAAAAAUCAACGGCGGAGAUCAAACUCCCAGAUACAACCAACCUCACAGCCACAGAUGAUAAUCCCACAACCGAUUGGGCAGUUCCAGGCGCCUUCGAAAUCAAUCCCGUCACCACAACAUCCACCGCCUGCCGACUCCCCUUCAUCCCAUCCACUCAGCCAGCAAAUCAAACUCCUGCAGCAGGUUCAAAUGCAGCAGCAGCAAAAGCUUUUACUCGAGCAACAACAGAAAGCUGCCCUAGAGCAACAGCAAAAAGCCGCUCAAGAGCAGAAGCGCGUGCAAGAGGAAAAACAGCGACAUUUACAACUAUUGCAGCAGUUGCAACAACAGCAACAUCAACAACAACAGCAACAGCACCAGCAACAGCAACAACAGUUGCAGCAACAGCAACAACAGUUGCAGCAACAGCAACAACAGCUGCAGCAACAGAAAACUUCGGCAUCACGUGCCAGUACUCCCGCCCAGGCUUCAAAUGCCCGAGUUUCUGUGCAUCCAAGUGCAGCUAACGCGACUGCACCAGGCGGAGGAUUUCCGUUUGAUCCGCUUUACCUCCAGGCAUUGUACUCCAACCCGAGUCUCUACUUGUCGCCGGAGCAGCUUAUGCAGUUCUACAAGAAUCUUCCGAAUGUUUCAGGGAUGCCACCGAGCAGUAAGAGCUAGUUCCGAUAGUGCGAAUUUUGUAUGAAACAUAUAAGUACGUACAUUUGUACCUAUAAAAUAUAGAAUUCACAUUCUGUGGUAAGGUUUGAAGAAUGGAUUUCGGUAUAGGAUAAUCCACACACAUUCAUACACAUACACAAAAAGUAGCGCUCUUCAGGCGCCCGAACAAAAUAGAUCAAGAUUUGAUUUUUUAUAAGUACUGUUAGUCAGUAAGAUAUAGCUAUCGGAUAAAUUUUUGUUGUUUCAUUUAAGGUUGAAUUAGAGUAUUUGUUUUCAUUAGGUUUCUUCCUUUGCACGAAUGAAAAUAAGAAAAUUGUUUUCUUUGAGUAUGGUUAGCUAAUUUAGGAAACACGCAUUAGCUCACUAUUAUAGACUAUUAUCGUAGAUUUGAUUAAAUGUAUGUCUGGAAUUUGGAAGCUACUGAAUUGGUUCAAUAUAAUAUUGAUGUUUUGUAUCAGUCA